AUGAACACUGCUUUUUCAACUGAUCAGGAAGAGGAUCUUGUAAACGCACCUAGCAAGAGAGCACAGCACUAUCAACGCACAUACGUACAAAAGAUGAUUGUCGUUCUUGGCUACCCACUCUCGCAAAUAAACUGCCUGGUCCAGAGUGUGGCCCGCUUGGAGCACUCUAAUCAACUACUCUGGGAAAAGUUUGGCCUUCUGGAGAAACCUCCGGGCGCAACUCGGGGCCAGAGAUCGCCAGUGUGCACAUCCUCCCCCUCCGAGUCUCCGCAGAGGGGUAGGAGCACCGAAGCGGUGGCUACUCGUGUGCAUCCUGACUGUCCUCUGCACGGGCGCGAGAAGGAACGGCUUUCGCCGAGGGCUGCCGACAACAUGCCCUUUGUUCGUGUGGCCUGCUCCCCCAACUCGCCAGUCCCUCCUAUCAUCUACAUCGGAAAGGCUACAUCCGGGGAGGUUCGCGUUACUGAAACGGAUGUUUUCGCGCCGAGAGAGCCCUCAAGGUGGCACUCUAGAACUGGAACCCCGCCCAAUUUGCCUCUUGCGCCCGUCAUGUCAGAAGUAGUUGAAGCCGAGACUGCUGAACGCAGAUAUAAGAUUGUUCGUGACGAAGACGUGUGCUCCUCCAGCGGCCAAAAUUCACCAGUCGUCAGGACGAGCGGUUAUACUCCCCUACCCAUUGCACCACCACCUAGCACCGAUAACGCUAAACGGGACGAUGCUUGUUCUCCAAUAAACUGUCCCCAAGACAAUGCAAAGAGGUCAGUGUCUGUAGGGACUUCAGACUUUGACAGGGUUGCCGGUAAACCUCCAACAUCCGUCAGAGACCCUCUUCAGCAGCCGUCCGGUCAAGAGAGCAUCGCAAAGCGCCUUCCCAUGAUAGUCGAUUCCAUCGAGGCCCAUAGGAUCCGGUUGAAACAUCCAAAAUCCACAAAAACACCGGACACCGGCACUAGAUCUCGGACUAACGACAAGGAACAGGCCUUCAAAGUAUCAAAACCAAAUAUAACAACUUCUAGCUCAACAUCGUCCGGCGAAAAUUUGCCUCCUGCUCCCGGUAAGUUAGACCACCUCGACCACGCCCUCGUUACUUUCUGGCUGUUUGCUGCCCCUAGCCAUCUAAAUGAAUCGUAA